GCUCGAGCUCACACACGGACACCACCACCCGGCCUGGCAAACACACCAAGCACAAGGUACGUCUGCUCUCCGGACGGACAGCUGCUAGCUACCUGCAGAGGGGUGAGGUCGAUCAUGGCGAACUCUGCGGCGCGUGGGCCGCCGGCCGGUCGCCUGGUCCUCUUCGUUUGCCCUGCUCCUGCUGCUGCUUCUCCUUAGUCCCAGGCAAGCCCAGGGCCGCGCCACGCCCCGAGGCACUUCGCUGAGGGCUCAAGCCGCGGCGCUUCUCCACUGGAGAUCAUCCGUCAAGUACUCCGUCAAGCACCAGCUGGGAACCUGGAGAGAGGACGGCAUGUAUCCGUGCAACUGGACCGGCGUCACCUGCGGCGACACUCGGUCACGCCGAGGAACCAUGGUGAAGGUCAUCAGUGGAAUCUCGCUCGGCGGUGCCGGCAUUGCAGGGCGGCUGGACGCCCUGAGUUUCCAGUCACUCCCUUACCUCGUCAACCUCGACCUCAGCGACAACUACCAUCUCUCCGGUGCCAUCCCUCCAGGCAUCGGCUCUCUUUCCAUGCUUUCCACCCUCAACUUCUCUGGUGAUCAGCUCGUCGGGCACAUACCUGCAUCAAUCUGCAAUCUUGGGAGGCUUGUAGAAAUGGACCUCUCCAGCAACAAUCUCACUGGCCAAAUUCCUCCUGCCUUGGGCAAUCUUUCAGUAAUUGCUGUUCUCUAUCUAAAUGGGAAUAGGCUAUCAGGCAAUAUCCCAUGGCACUUCGGACAGUUUCAGAACAUGAGGGAGAUGGAUUUGAGCUGGAAUAUCCUUUCUGGCCAAAUACCUUCCGCCCUUGGGAACUUGACAAAUCUCAACGCUCUUAGCCUUUCUGAUAAUCGUCUCUCGGGACCCAUACCUGAAGAGUUAGGACAAAUCCAAAGCCUGCAAAUACUAUACAUGCAAAAAAACAACCUGGAUGGCAUAAUUCCGCCCUCCCUUGGAAACCUCACAUUGCUCAUAUACCUGACGACAUAUCGGAACCAACACACUGGUCCAAUCCCGGUAGAGCUUGGGACGCUCUCGAGCUUGAUUUUGUUGGACUUGUCAAACAACCAUUUAUCCGGUUCAAUUCCUUCUAGUGUUGCUGGAAAUCUUACUUCAUUGACCUAUUUCGCUAUUUCGCGUAACCAAAUAACUGGAUCCAUCCCUCACGAGUUCGGAAAUCUCAUGAAUCUGGAAACCCUCGACCUCUCGGUCAAUUUCAUAGUUGGAUCAAUUCCGUCAAGUAUUGGGAACAUGUCAACACUUAGCCGAAUUGACCUACAUAGCAAUAACCUCUCCAGGGAACUGCCGUUCGAGUUAGGAAAUUUGGCAAAUUUGGAAUCUUUUUCAUCCCCCAUAAACCAAUUGUCUGGCUCAAUCCCUCAAAGUAUCGGAAAACUGACGAGAAUGAAAGAAAUGAGACUAUUCACCAACCACCUCACUGGUCAUUUGCCUUCAUCACUAUCCAACCUUACCAAUUUGGUCGACUUUGAACUCGGUGACAACCAGCUAAUCGGACAGUUGCCAGAGUUAUGCCAAAGUAAAACGCUACAAUUUUUCUCAAUUUCUAAAAACAAUAUUGAUGGUCCUAUCCCAAAAGGCUUGAGGGAUUGCAGUUCACUAACAAGCCUCGGAAUAAAAAAUAAUCAGAUCGAGGGAGACAUAAGUGAAGCAUUUGGGGUAUAUCCACACCUCAAUAUCAUUAGUUUAUUUUCAAACAGGUUUGUAGGCCGGCUUUCGCCAAAAUGGGGCUCGUGUCAAAACUUGACAAGUAUUGAUUUUUCAAACAACAUGAUAGAAGGUAGUAUACCUUCUGAGAUGGGGAAGCUAAAAAAUCUUGCAAUUCUAAAUCUGGGUUUCAAUAGGUUGACCGGUGAGAUACCACCAGAAAUUGGCAAGCUAACUAGCAUGUAUUGGAUGGAUUUAAGAAACAAUCAACUAUCUGGCCAGAUCCCCAAGAAAAUCGGCCAACUUGGCAAUCUGGAGCUUCUUGAUUUCUCAAACAACCUGUUGAGUGGUAAAAUACCAGAAGAGAUUGGGAACUGUUUGAAACUGCAGGCGUUACAGAUGAAUAAGAACAACCUUAGUGGAACUCUUCCUGGUAGUUUGGGUCAUUUAGCUUCCCUGCAAGGAAUGCUUGAUCUUAGUAUGAAUAGUCUCAGUGGACCAAUACCAUCGGAACUAAGCAAACUGGAGAUGCUGAUCUUUGUAAACUUCUCGCACAAUCAAUUCAGUGGUGUCAUCCCUGUCUCCAUUGCAAGCAUGAAAAGCCUAUCAAUAUUUGAUGUAUCAUACAACUUCCUAGAAGGCUCUAUCCCACAAGGGAUCCAAAAUGCAUCAAGUGACUGGUUUCUCCACAACAAAGGUCUUUGUGGAGAUCUUAUUGGCCUAUCUCCUUGUGAUUUGCCUACCGCGGAUCAUAGACGAAAGCAUCAGAAAUUUAUACUAUCAAUCGGUCUUCCUAUGUUUAUCGCUACUAUCUCAAUAGCAGCGAGUGUAAUUGCCCUCCUGAUUUGCCGCAAGAAAGGAUCUAAAAAAACCGACUUUAUGAGCAAAAAGGAUGUAUUCUCUGUAUGGAGCUUUGAUGGUAGAAUGGCAUUUGAAGAUAUUAUUGGUGCAACUGACAAUUUUGAUGAGAAGCAUUGCAUUGGAGAGGGAUCGUAUGGCCGUGUUUAUAAAGCACAACUUCAAGAUGAACAAGUGGUUGCAGUAAAGAAACUCCAUGCAGGUGAUGAAGAGGCACAUGAUGAAGAAAGAUUCCAGCAUGAGAUUGAAAUGUUAACAAAAGUUCGUCAACGCAGCAUCGUCAAGUUGUAUGGCUAUUGUUCUCAUCCACGGUACAGGUUCUUUGUAUGCCAAUUCAUAGAGAGAGGAAAUCUAGCUUCUAUCUUAAGCAAUGAAGAACUAGCAUCCCAGUUCCACUGGGAAAGGAGGAUAGCUCUAAUAAGAGAUGUGGCUCAAGCCAUCACUUACCUCCAUCAUGAUGUUCACCCACCCAUAAUUCAUAGGGACAUCACAAGCAGAAACAUCUUAUUAGAUGUUGACUACAAAGCAUUUGUCUCGGAUUUUGGUAUUGCAAGAAUGUUAAAACCCGAUUCAUCGAAUUGGAGCGCACUAGCGGGGACCUAUGGCUACAUUGCACCUGAAUGUUCAUACACUUCUCUAGUCACGGAGAAAUGUGAUGUAUAUAGCUUUGGUAUUGUGGUGCUUGAGGUGUUGAUGGGCAAACACCCUGGAGAUUUGCAGGCUUUUCAUUCUUCACUCGAGGACCAGUUUCUACUGGAAGAAAUUUUGGACAAACGACUUCCACAACCCGAAGCUGGGGAGGAAGAAGUGAGACGGUGCAUCUCUGUGGCAUUUGAGUGCCUAACUCCUUCACCCAAAGAAAGGCCAACUAUGCUGAAAGUUUAUCGAGAUGUUUCCAUCUGA